AUGGCGCCUUGCCUAAGUAAACAACAAAAAGUUGUGGUGAGUCUUGCACUUUUGUGUGCUAUUGAAACCAAAAAACAGAGAAAAAAAAGAAUAUGGAUGAAGCAAUGGUUAAAGGAGAGAUUAACUCUUAGUCAUAUGAACUUAAUUAACCUACUGGACUUUGAUGACGUACGUAACUUUCUAAGAAUGGAUAAAGAAACUUUCUACGAACUUUUGUCUAAGGUGAGGCCAUUCAUAACUAAAAAAGACACAAACAUGAGACCAGCUGUGUCUGUUGAAGAAAGGCUUAUUGCAACGCUCAGAUUUCUAGCCACUGGUAGAGACUACAAGGAUUUGAGAUAUAGUACGAUAAUAUCUCAUCAACUACUAUCAAAAUUCAUUCCUGAAACAUGCUGGGCAAUCUACAAGGUUUUGAAGGAAACAAUCAAUGUAAGUAGUAUGUAA